CGCCGCCGCCGCGCGCCCUCAGGCCCCCAGGACCACGGGAAAACUUCGCGGCUCCUAGGCGGUGGGGCGUCGGCGCCAGGCCCGGCAGACAGAGUAAUGCGCCCCGCGGGCUGAGGGCAGAGGAUGCGGCCGCGGCCCAGCGCCCGGCCGGGGGAGCCGCGGGGUGGCACGCGGGGAAAGUUGGCGCGCGCCUGACCGCGCCUGCAAGCCGCUUGGUGCCCGGGCCGAGUUGCCCCCCAAGUUUCUGCGGCGAUUUCUCACUCCCUGGGGAUCUGGCGGUCCGAAUCUCGCGGGGCCUCCGGCUCACGGAUUCUGAGCGCUAGGAGAGAGAAGCCCGCGCUUUUCCCGGGGACCUGCGCUUGAGCUGAUGCUUGGUGGGUUCGCCCUGGAUGGUAGCGAUUCGAGUUGUUUUCUGCUUUUCUUCUCCCCCAGACAGUGAGUUUGUGGAAGCCUCGCCCGCAUCCUACAGCCCAGACGAGUUAGGGUCCCCUCCUGCUUGUUAUAGCCCCAGUAGUCCUGUCCAGGUUCUAGAAGACUCCACCUACUUUUCCCCAGACUUUCAGCUCUAUUCUGGGAGGCAUGAAACAUCUGCUUUGACGGUGGAGGCAACCAGUAGCAUCAGGGAAAAAGUUGUUGAAGAUCCUCUUUGUAACUUCCACUCCCCAAACUUCCUGAGGAUCUCAGAGGUGGAAAUGAGAGGUUCCGAGGAUGCGGCAGCUGGAACAGUAUUGCAGCGGCUGAUCCAGGAACAACUGCGGUAUGGCACCCCAACCGAGAACAUGAACUUGCUGGCCAUUCAGCACCAGGCCACAGGGAGUGCAGGACCAGCCCAUCCUACAAACAACUUUUCUUCCACGGAAAACCUCACUCAAGAAGACCCACAAAUGGUCUACCAGUCAGCACGCCAAGAACCGCAGGGUCAAGAACACCAGGUGGACAAUACGGUGAUGGAGAAACAGGUCCGGUCCACGCAGCCUCAGCAGAACAACGAGGAACUGCCCACUUACGAGGAGGCCAAAGCACAGUCGCAGUUCUUCAGGGGGCAGCAGCAGCAGCAACAGCAGCAGGGGGCGGUGGGCCAUGGUUACUACAUGGCAGGGGGCACCAGUCAGAAGUCCCGAACUGAGGGGAGGCCCACUGUGAACCGUGCCAACAGUGGACAGGCGCAUAAGGAUGAGGCGCUGAAGGAACUGAAGCAGGGCCACGUCCGCUCGCUCAGCGAGAGAAUCAUGCAGCUGUCCCUGGAGAGGAAUGGGGCCAAGCAACACCUUCCCGGCUCAGGGAAUGGAAAGGGCUUCAAAGCGGGAGGGGGGCCCUCCCCUGCCCAGCCUGCAGGUAAAGUGCUGGACCCUCGGGGUCCUCCACCUGAGUACCCCUUCAAGACCAAACAAAUGAUGUCCCCAGUCAGCAAGACCCAGGAGCACGGACUUUUCUAUGGUGACCAGCACCCCGGGAUGCUCCACGAGAUGGUCAAGCCCUACCCUGCUCCUCAGCCUGUGAGAACAGAUGUGGCCGUCCUGCGGUACCAGCCACCCCCUGAGUAUGGGGUAACGAGCCGCCCAUGCCAACUUCCGUUCCCGUCAACCAUGCAGCAGCACAGCCCCAUGUCCUCCCAGACCUCUUCCGCCAGCGGGCCACUGCACUCUGUCUCCCUGCCGCUUCCACUCCCGAUGGCCCUGGGUGCUCCACAGCCCCCACCCGCCGCCUCCCCUAGCCAGCAGCUUGGUCCAGAUGCCUUUGCGAUUGUGGAGCGAGCCCAGCAAAUGGUGGAGAUAUUAACAGAGGAGAACCGGGUGCUUCACCAGGAACUUCAGGGUUACUACGACAAUGCCGACAAGCUCCACAAGUUUGAAAAAGAACUUCAGAGAAUUUCGGAAGCCUAUGAAAGUCUGGUCAAGUCUACCACCAAGCGAGAGUCACUGGACAAGGCAAUGAGAAACAAAUUGGAAGGCGAGAUUAGAAGACUUCAUGAUUUCAACAGAGACCUCCGAGAUCGACUAGAGACUGCCAACAGGCAACUGUCCAGCAGGGAAUAUGAAGGGCAUGAAGACAAAGCUGCAGAGGGGCAUUAUGCUUCCCAGAUUCUGCAAAAUAGAUCUUGUGACUUUCAUUUGAGGAGAUGGAGUCUCAGAGAGGUAAAGUCAUGUGUCCAAGACAAAGAAUUCUUGAAGGAAAAGGAGAAAUUAGAAAUGGAGUUAGCAGCAGUGCGGACUGCAAGUGAGGACCAUCGGAGACACAUCGAGAUCCUGGACCAGGCUUUGAGCAAUGCCCAGGCCAGGGUCAUCAAGCUGGAAGAGGAGUUACGAGAGAAGCAAGCAUACGUUGAGAAAGUCGAGAAGCUGCAGCAGGCCCUGACGCAGUUGCAGUCUGCAUGUGAGAAGAGAGAGCAGAUGGAGCGGAGACUGCGGACUUGGCUGGAGAGAGAGCUGGAUGCACUGAGAACCCAGCAGAAACAUGGAAAUGGCCAGCCAGCCAACAUGCCGGAAUACAAUGCCCCAGCCCUCCUGGAACUUGUGCGGGAGAAGGAGGAGCGGAUCCUGGCCCUGGAGGCCGACAUGACGAAGUGGGAGCAGAAGUACCUGGAGGAGAGCACCAUCCGACACUUUGCCAUGAAUGCCGCAGCCACCGCAGCAGCUGAGAGGGACACCACCAUCAUCAACCACUCACGGAAUGGCAGCUAUGGAGAUAGCUCGCUGGAGGCCCACAUCUGGCAAGAGGAGGAGGAGGUGGUGCAGGCCAACAGAAGGUGUCAGGACAUGGAAUACACUAUUAAAAAUCUCCAUGCCAAAAUCAUAGAGAAAGAUGCUAUGAUUAAGGUCCUGCAGCAGCGAUCUCGUAAAGAUGCCGGGAAGACAGACUCCUCCAGCCUACGUCCUGCCCGCUCCGUUCCAUCCAUAGCAGCAGCUACUGGGACACACUCUCGCCAGACCUCUCUUACCAGCAGCCAGCUGGCCGAGGAGAAGAAGGAAGAGAAGACCUGGAAGGGGAGCAUAGGAUUGCUGCUGGGGAAGGAGCACCAUGAGCAUGCCUCUGCCCCACUGCUGCCACCCCCACCCACCUCAGCACUGUCCUCCACAGCCUCCACUACGGCAGCCAGCAGUGCCCACGCCAAGACAGGCAGCAAGGACAGCAGCACACAGACCGACAAGAGUGCCGAGCUCUUCUGGCCCAGCAUGGCGUCCCUCCCCAGCCGCGGCCGGCUGAGCACGACCCCUGCUCACAGCCCUGUCCUGAAACACCCAGCGGCCAAAGGGACCGCAGAGAAACUGGAGAACUCUCCUGGCCAUGGGAAGUCACCUGACCACAGAGGCCGGGUCAGCAGCUUGCUGCACAAGCCUGAGUUCCCUGAUGGAGAGAUGAUGGAGGUCCUCAUCUAACUGCCAUCCCUGUGGAGUUUGAGUACAGAACACUGACAAACAAGGAAAGCGGCAGAGAAAGAAGAAAGACCUAGAAGGUUGUAGAUGGGAAAUCAGGAAUGAUUUGAACUGAUAAAGAUUUCAGACUCAUAAGAACACAUUUUAUUAAUGUUAAACACAAAAACAGGAGACCUACAAGACUGAAGACAGAAGAGAAUGCGAUGGAUUUUAUUACACCUGUUGGAAGAGAGAAGAGGCGUGUAGGUUUGCAAACAAAGUUAAGAAAUAGGAAACUGAAUUUUUCAUUGUACAGAAAAUGUAUCUCUUGGGAGGGCCUGUGUACCCCCAUUCUCUGAUUAUAAACAGAUAAACCCAAAUGUGGAUCAUCCUUCGAAUACCCCCAUUCUCCUUGCCUCUUAGCAUGUUUGGUUUAAGAAAAGCCUCCAAGAAAUCUUGAGAGCCUGUCUUGGCAUAAUGCAGUGCCACCUGUUCCAACCAUGGGGCGUCCCGUGUGUGUGAGUGUGGCAGUGAGAAGAAGCAUCGAGGGCGAGAGGGAUAUGAAAGCUGGUCUUCACCUAAUUACCUGUUUGGUUUGGAUUUUCAAGAGAUGAUUGGGCUUCUUAGCUUUUCUGAAUUCUGCAGUAUUUUCUCAACAGGAUAGAUUAUGAUCUCGGUCCCCAUCCAUCCUAACUUCUGAGUUCAUCUCUGUCUCUGCUUUACAGUCUUUAAUUUUUUGUUGUUCCUUCAUUUUUUUCUUUUUAAUAAGACAUAGCAGAAUUCCUUAGGUAUGGGAUUUAUGAGAGCAGUACCUGAACUGUCAUAAUUCCUGCUGUGUUUGAUAGUGACCAGUAGGACAAAGCCACGUGCCGACUUCCUGGCUGCUUCACCUUUGCACAGCUGGGUUGCAGCUGCGAGCCUCAUUCUAACUGUGAACUAAGCAAUCUUUGAGGAGGCAGGAGAUUCCGUGGGUCCCUGUGACAUCUUGCAUUAAGAUCAUGGCACUUGCUUUUUUGUCUCUCACAUCGGAUCUCUUGCAAGGAGCUUAACAUUUCCACAUUCCAUUGCUCUGUUGGGGAAGACUUAGGACAGCACUCCAGGAAACAGAUGACAAUUUACAGACAGUUGUCUCAGUGGUUUCCAGAAUCUCACCAGCCUCCCAUAUAGCUUCUUGUAUUGAGCCUCAUGAGUGUAUUCACACUCUUUCCUCCCUCGCGCACGCCUCUCCUUGCUCUCGAUCAGCAUCCAGACCUCCGUAGCACCAGGUUGCCUCUGUUGUGAACUUCUCUUGUAACCUACCAGGCCAGUGUAUAUACAGUGUUGUCAGGUUUUUCAGGAUUUCAGUUUUGAGGCAGUUUAUUCAAAGUGAGACAGAAGUGCCAUGGAAAAGAGGCAGGAGUGUGUUAGGUGGUGGGUCCGUUAGACCUCUGCUGUGACAUAUUCAGCUCUGCGGACACUGGCUUCAUUUACAAAUCUAAGAGAUGCUGGAUUAGAAAAGAGGAGAAGCUCAUCGGGGCAUCAGAGAGGCGGUCCUACAGGGUCCUGAUGUUUCUGCCUCCAGGUCAGCUGGAUCGGUGUUUCCCCAGUUCCCUUUGCUCGUGCUUGCUUAGAGGAAGAAAGGGGGGUACCUUUUCCAGGUACCUUCUAAAUGAAACACUCAAGAGAGUGCUACUCAGGAAACUUUGCUUGGGUCCUCAAAUGGACUGGUCUUGGGUGUGUAACCCCGGUGAAGUUAUAGCCUCCCCAAAUUGAGGUGAUAGAAGGAAGACAAGAGGUGUAGGCUGGAGAGGGGAGGGAAGAAAUCAGUGGCUUUGGCCAGCCUCUGUGCCACCCAGUAUGACAGAGGAGUGGGAACUGGCCCUCUGGGGCUCUGCUUGGCCGUAGGCACUGCACAUUGUGCCACCUGCUCAUCACCUCCUCUAGUCUCACACUGAGCAUCAAAGUACCUGUUGUGCAGACAGGAAAACUGAGGAGCUCAGAGAGGCUGAGCAUGGCGCUCGCCCCAUGCCAUAGGGUGUGGGAAGAGGACACAGGAGGCCUCAUCAAUGGGGGGAAGGGUUGAGAAUGGACAUGGGUGGGGAGAGGGCAUAGAGAUCUAUUCUUAAUCUCUGUUCCCACCACAUUUCAUAGGAGAUGAGGUUAGGAGAUGGCAACUAACUCUCUUAAGGACAUUGUGACCCCAGUUUAUGUUGGGGAUGGACCAGAAAGGAAAAUGUCUAGAGAUAGGAAGGUAAGUCAACUCUGCCAGCCCCUACCAUCAGGUCUGGGCCACCCCAAACUUGGGCUGCCUCCCUUAGACAUAGGUUAGAGUGAGAGACCCAGCCGUUUCUCCCAAAGCCUGGUCUUCAUGCCCCAGACACCUCAUUGCCCCAAUCAGGUGUCAGACUUGGCUUGCUCUUCGAGGUCCGCCUGAGCUGCCAAGUGUUUUCAUUGUAAACAGACACAUCGCCAUGUUUCAGGGCUUCAACGGCAUUGUAUUUUGGACUUUGACCGUAUUUUUUUUCUCUUAACCUACUAAGACUCUUCCUUAAGAAUGGGAUCUAUAGCUUUAAAAUGCCUUCUUCUAUGGGAAAUUUCCUGCCAAGCCAGGGCACUAAAUACUUUCAUCGUUAGAGCUUUCCUGAAGUCCGGCCAUAUACUGAGCACCUGCUCUGAGUUCUGGGCAGCUUACAGUAUCUUAAACAGAUUUUCAGAAAAAUAAUGCAACUAUAUUUCUUAGUGCCAACUGUAUGCAAACAGUGUGGUAAGUACCUUUUAAUUAGUCCUCCACCCACCUGGAGUACAGGGGGUGAGUUUAUUAUUCUGAUUGCACUGAUGACGAAAUGGGCUCAGAAAGGUUAAGUCCCUUCCUGAAAUCUCACAGCCAGGAGAAGCUAGGAUGAUUUAAAACAAAGUUUGGAGAGGCAUUGGGCAUAGACCCUGGCUGUACAGCCUCUAACAUGCGGCACUGCAUCUUGGCAGUCUCUAUCCCUGUCUGUGAUGUGUGUGUGCACGUGUAACUACACACACACACACACACACACACACAGCUAUCACACAUCUCAGAGCCUAAGAAAUAGGACUAAGCCCAGAACUCCUGGAAUCACCUAUAAAUGCCAGGCAUAGAUGGAAAUUAUUGUGUUCCACCAAAGCACAGCUCCAAACUAUACCUAAAAAAUAUUUCUGCACUUCCCAGAGACCUGGACUUCAAACUUUCCCGGUGGAACUUGAUUAUAGAAUUUGAGGGUCCUGUCUCAGGGUAAAGGGGAGAGGCCCUGGCUUCACGGGAAGGUAUUCCAGCAUUGUUCUGCUUCACCCUGGACUGCAUUGUCUGGCAGUUUCUGUGUGCUGCCAGGAUAUUAUAUGGAAUUGGAGAAGUUGGAGUGAGGUCUCUGACGCUAGAGUUUCACUGAUUAGAUGCCUGUGUACAUAAGAACUAUUACUGUCUGCAGGUCCAUAUAGCUAAGCUGCCAGGAGAAACACAUUAUCUUCCAAAACUUUCAGAGCAUGUGCAGAACCCUUUCUUAGUGUUUUCUUCCCAGCAUUUUCUCUGCCUCCCAGAGGCUGGCAGCCAAUGGCACUGCGGAGUUCAGCAUGUUCUAACCAUGCACGCAGGGCAGGGGCUGCCUUGGCCCUCCUCAGGCUUUGGUUGGCAGAGCAGGCAGUGGUGGAGCCCUUCUGAGUGCAGUCCUCUGGGGUUGCUCUUUGGAACUCACGUAUGAGUUUGACUCCACAAGGCUUGGCAUGGAUACCAAAACAGUUGCACCAAAUUAGUUCUGAACCUGGAACAGAGAAUUCAGUGCUUCUGUUACUCGGGAAGGAGGUACUCAGAAUGCCCCAUGCAGAGCAGCCAGUCAUUACUCUUGUUUGUUCUCACCUGGGUGCACACUGUCAUGAUGCAGUGGCUGUAGCACCUUCAUGCCAGGUGCUGAGAGAGUGGGAAAUUCCUUCCUCCUCAUUGACCUGAGUCCCAGAGACUUAGGGACACAGACUUCAGGUGAGGCUGGGGACCUCAGAAGCAGUGGAUAAUGGAUUGGGGCAUUAAAAGCUUUUGAGGCAGGGGGCUCAUGUUUUGACUGCAGGGAGUUAUGCUGAGCAAAGAGAUGUGUUUUUCAAAACCAGAGUAUUGCCCCGCGUCCACACUGGAGUAAGUGGAGCAUGCUUCUCUGUGUUCUCCGAAUGAUCUUGCACUCCUCUUAGCAAAGGAGUACCAUGGCCAUAGUCAGUGGGAUCCCACAAAUGUUCUUAAAUGGGUAAGGCUUUAAGUAGCCAGAGAGUGUCCAGCCUACCAUUGGCUUCUCCACAUCCUGAAAUCUGAGACAGCCUUGGUAUAUGCUUGUAAAUGUUUCUUUUCUUGUUGUUUAAGUAAUUAAAGUGUUUAAAAUGUCUUCAUUAGGUGUGACGAUUGUUUAAUGAGUUUGCCUCUGACGUGUGGCUCCAUGGGAGAUAGGCAAAGUAAUUAAGAAGUUACCAGAAAUUGGUAGGCUGGGGAAAUGCAAAAGUUAGCAUUUCAGUAAGUGAAUUUCUCCUGGAACAAACGAGCAAUUUUUCCUCUUUCUCUUAAGUAGUAUACCCUUUUCUCACUUAGUAAUUUAAUGGUAUAUAAAGACAUGUGUAUAAGUGAGUGCAUACAUAUGAGGUAUGACUAUAGGGUUGUUUGUGGGAAUUUCUUUUCUUAACAUACAGAAGAUCAAAGUGUUCAUCUCACCCCGCCCUCCUUAAAAGGUGUCUUUUGGGACACUAUGUGCUGAUGGACUAUAGUGCUGCCAAGUAAAAAUAUCUUGGGAACUAUUCUACUAGAAUGGCCUUCGGGGCUUGGCAUGUUCCUUUGGUUUCCCCUUAGAGAUGAGAAAUCCUCCUCCUUUGAGGAUGGAUUUAAGUUCUGGAAAUAAUCUCAAGUGCUUGAUAGCACAGUUGGAUGAACAAAGAUGGCAAUGAAGGUAAGUUACACCAUUUUUGUUUCUAAAAAAAUCCCUAAGAAAUUUCUUGGAGUCAGUCUUUGGCCUCAGAGCCUCUCAAAGUGUCCAAUUCAAGGGAGGACCGUCCUCAUUAGCACACAGAUUUUUAAAAAUCAAUUCUCUUGCCAUGCCUCCUAUGUGUUCACAUCUCUGCAUACACUACAGACAAAAGUGCAUAAUCAUUCAUAUAAACAUCUGGUAGGUAUUCUGUAAAACCGUGUUUACUUUAGUGCAUGUUAUUGUCAUGUUAUGAUGUGACUGGGGUGUUUCUUUGUCAUGAAACUUUGCUUCUUCACAAAAUUAGAAUACUGCUCUCUCUAUAUUGAAGUACAUAUACAGCAUUUUCUUGUAUCAGCUCCCAAAGUCUGGAUGCCUGGUAUUGUGUUUACAUGUGAUUGUGCCUAGGAGUCUGUUCACAUAGAGACACCUGUAAGUAUUUAUUACAAAACGGAAUGUAAGCAAAUAUAUCCACAUUGGUUUUAUUUGAAUCAAGGUGUUUUGUUUUGUUUUUUUUUUCCUUUUGAGGAGGAACAGGGAGCCUCCUCCUCCAUGAGCACUUACAGAAUUGUGUAAAAUUCUGUGAAACAAGGGUAAGCAUGGGCACCCGAUUUCAGCUGUCCUGGUGCCGCUGCCCUCCAACCUGCUCUGUGUGUGUGUGUCGCUGUGCUUGGUGGCAGUGUGCCGUGCUCGUGCCGGCUCUUCCCAGCAGACUCUGGUAUCUGGCUGUAACAUUUAGUGUCUUCAUAUUUCCAGUCUGUAUUGAGGGGUGAUGUACAUGGCUGUACAGCCAGAUGGGUCUGUGUACCAGUGUGGGGAGUCCAAGAACACUGCCUGUCCCCCACAGCAAAUAUUGAUGCUGUUGGUCAGCCAAAGAUUUUCCUCUUCUUUGCUGCUUAAACUUGUGCCUUAAUAUUGUACAUAAUAAAUGGAUAAAAUGGCAAAA